AUGGCGGGCGCUCCGGGCGCGGGCGGCGGCCGCGGCGGCCACGGGGAGAGGGUCGAGCGUCGCAGCCGUGGCCGAGGCGUGGCCUUGCGCCGCCCGCCAGGCGUUCGACUUCGGGGGAGCGGAAGCGCGGGCGCGGAGGCCGCGCGGGAGGGAGGUCCCGCGGGCGGACGAGCCGUGGUCGGCGGCGACCCAGGCAGCGGCGGGGCGAGGAGGUUUCGCCAGGGUUCUGUUCCACCUGAAAGGGCGUCAAAACGUGGCGGUGUUAGUGCUUAUGAGCAAUCGCUGAAAGAUUAUGUCGACAGGAUGUCCAUCAUUGUUAUUAGUCCAUCAGUUGGCAUGUUUUUUGACUCCCGUGCUGAGGUAUAUGAGUUUUACAACUUGCAUUCCUGGGAGCUAGGUUUUGGAAUACGGUGCAAUAUGACUGUGGGUAAAAGUGUUGUGAGUCAAGACAUAGUCUGCAGCUGCGAGGGCAAACCAGAGCUGUCCAACACUGGCUCUGCGCAAACUGAUUGCAAGGCUAUGAUCCGGCUACACAGGUCCGAUGACAAUCGUUGGUACAUUCAGGAAUUUCGAGUGAACAUUUCUGUUGGCCUUCUCACAACCACCUCAAGCCCUAAGAAUCUAGUCCGCCGUCUUAGGGAUGAUCAUGUUGAUCUCAGUAAGAAAUGCCACAGCAUUUAUGAAUACUUUUGGGGCAUGGAGAAUUAUAAGUUCGUGAAGGGGGAUUUGAAGUCAUUGUGUAAGAAUAUAUCAUCGGAUCUAUCAGACAUUGACCCCGACAAGACAAUUGAGUUGUUUGAUGACUUUGGUUCGUUGAGGAGGGAUGACCCAAGCUUCAUGUUCCGUAUUGAGUUGGAUGACAUCGAGGACCAGUUUAAUACAGUGUUAUGGACUAAUGGGCACAGCAGAAUGCAAUAUGCACAUUUCGGUGAUACUAUAACAUUUGAUACGACGUACAGGACUAACCUGUACGGCAUACCUUUCGGCUUGUUUGUUGGUGUUAAUAACCACCAUCAAAGUAUCAUACUAGGAGGAGCGCUGAUGCGACGCAAGACUGUGGAAAGUUUCAAAUGGCUGUUCUGUGAGUUUGUUAUAUUAAUGGGUGGUAAAGCUCCAAGUACUAUUCUCACAGGUGGCAAUCCAGGAGGAGUUACCGGAAACAAUUCACAGAUGGUGCCACUGAAUAGAUCUAUCAAUAUGUUCGUGCGACACUACAACAAGCUCCAAUCUGAUCUCAACUCAAAGGAAAGCUCUGAGGAGAAUAGGAGCAGGAAGGAGAUACCAGCUGGGAAUAUUGUGAAGUGCUGGACGAUGGAUGCUAGGGAUACUGUGCCUGUUCAUCUGAUUGAGAAUGAUAGGGCUGCAGAAAACUCGAAGUCCUUUAGAACGUCAGAGUUGUUCAUUGUUGCGAUGAAGUUUGCAAAGUCUGGUUCCAGGAGUGACCAGGCUUUUGAAGCAUCGAUGGCGUGUUUGGAUCGACUAGAGCUUGAACUUUUGGAACUGAGUGAAGAUGAGGACGUUUCUGAGUUGUCUGAGCAGUCCAGCAUUUCUGCUGUAACUACUGAUGAUGCUGCCUCGGCACUCGGCGGCUCAGAAACAGACUGA